CAACGGAUGACUCCACAUGCACUUCCGAAACCAGGGAACCCGAUGAAAACAGAAGGCCUAUCUUCGGAAGGCUCGUAUUCCGCCGGCGGGCCGUUUAUUUGGACGGUCGUGAGUCAGGGGUGGCGAUUGGGGAUCUUAUAUAAGGCCUCGAUAAGGACAUGCUUCGAUCCUGAGUUGCAUUAUCAACAUCAAUGAGUGCUGCGAAUACACUCGAAAAGCUCCGGCCAGUUGGCCUCCUCGAACGCUGGUCGACCCACCGCUAUGAAAUCGGCUUUUACACCAAUGUCGCAGUUUCGGCGGAGUACACCGUCCCCGCCUGUACUCUAUCGGACGUGAAGGCGCUGCUGUACUCGGCACUGGGAAUCGUUGUGGGCAGACAUCCAAUGCUGUCGGCGGUACCGAUCGAUGGGGCAGAGGAUACAGCGUACUGGGCUCGACUGCCGGUCGUGGAUCUCGCUGCGGCGCUAGACGUUCGUGCGGGAAUCGAUUCUAUAAAGGACAUGGAACGACUGUUGGAGGAUGAGCAUAACAAACGAUUUGUCUCUCCGGACGGCAUCUCGGGCAUCCCGUAUUGGCGAGUGGUACUUAUUCUUGGCCACGAGGAAGAGGCCGAGAUUACCACCUUCUCGCUGGUGUUUGUCUACCACCACGCGGUAGGCGAUGGUUUAUCCGGGCUGGUAUUCCACCGGGCACUGCAGGCGGCGAUAUCGGAGCUGCCAUCCCCUGUGCCGGAGCCCGUAGCCACCACAGUCAUCGCGCCAUCAAGCCCUCCCCCCCCUGCCCUGGAAGACCUCCAUAAAUUCGCCGUAUCCAACUGGCACCUCCUUCGCGCCCUCUACCACGACUGGUUUCCACCAAGCGUACCACCCGGCCUUUGGACCGGCGCCGUGAUCACCACGCCGUUACGCACACGAAUAAGGAUUCUCCAUGUCCCUGCGUCUACCGUCACUGCGCUCGGUGCGCGCUGCCGCGCGGGCAAAACGAGCGUCACGGCGUUAAUGAUCUCCCUCGCCGCAGCGGCGUUCUUCGAUGCGCUCCCGGACUCGGCAACCGAGAUAAUCAGCAGUGCGCCCGUCUCCGCACGGCGGUGGACGCCGCCAUCGCUGGAUCUCGAGAACGCAAUCGGCGUCUGGGUGACCGAAACCCCCGCCCAGCACCACUACAGAGGCGAAGACGUGUGGUCCACCGCGGAUCGUGUUUUCACCGCCAUCCAAAACACCGUGUCCUCGCGCGGAACAGAUACCAGCGUAGCCCUACUCCCUUGGGUCAGCAGCUACAAGAAAUUCUUCGAUUCGAAGCCGGGAUUGAAUAGGGCGGCUACCCUUGAAAUCUCGAAUUUGGGGAGAGCUCCAGAUCAGAAGGGACUCAUGUUCUCACAGAGUGCGAGUGUUACUGGCCAUGCGGUCGAGGUCAGUGUCGCGACUGCGGGCGAUGGGAUGAGGGUGACGUGGUGUUGGCAAGAGGGGGUGGUGGAGGAGAGUAUUGUGGAUGGGAUGUUGAGGAGGGUGGACGAGAGGAUCGCGGCGGAGGCACAGAUGGCGGACAAGUAGAAUGAACGGGACGGGAAUGCUUGAUAGUCCUAUAGUUAGAAGACCGCGGUCAGUUUGUGCGAUAGUUGAGAGUCAUCAAUGAAAUCUUGCACGGCGAUAUUAAUCGUCACUAAUAUUCUAG